AUGGCGCGCGGUGGCCGCGGCCCCUGCCUGGCGCUGGCCGCGGGGCUGCUGCUGGCGCUGGCGCUGGCCCCCGGGACGCUGCGGGCCAAGCCCACGGUGCGCAAGGAGCGCGUGGUGCGGCCCGACUCGGAGCUGGGCGAGCGGCCGCCCGAGGACAACCAGAGCUUCCAGUACGACCACGAGGCCUUCCUGGGCAAGGAGGACUCCAAGACCUUCGACCAGCUCACCUCGGAGGAGAGCAAGGAGAGGCUGGGGAAGAUUGUUGAUCGAAUUGACAGUGAUGGGGACGGCUUUGUCACCACUGAGGAGCUGAAAACCUGGAUCAAACGGGUGCAGAAAAGAUACAUCUAUGAUAAUGUUGCUAAAGUGUGGAAGGAUUAUGAUCGGGACAAAGACGAUAAAAUUUCCUGGGAAGAAUAUAAACAAGCCACCUAUGGUUACUACCUAGGGAACCCUGCAGAGUUUCAGGAUUCUUCAGAUCAUCACACCUUUAAGAAGAUGCUACCACGUGACGAGAGAAGGUUCAAAGCUGCAGACCUCAAUGGUGACCUGACAGCCACUCGGGAGGAGUUCACCGCCUUUCUGCACCCAGAGGAGUUUGAGCAUAUGAAAGAAAUUGUGCUUUUGGAAACUCUGGAGGACAUCGACAAGAAUGGGGAUGGGUUCGUGGACCAGGAUGAGUAUAUCGCGGAUAUGUUUUCCCAUGAGGAGAAUGGCCCUGAACCAGACUGGGUGUUGUCAGAACGGGAGCAGUUUACUGAAUUCAGGGAUCUGAACAAGGAUGGGAAGUUAGACAAAGAUGAGAUUCGCCACUGGAUCCUCCCCCACGACUAUGACCACGCCCAGGCUGAGGCCAGACACCUGGUGUAUGAGUCGGACAAAAACAGGGAUGAAAAGCUAACAAAAGAGGAGAUAUUGGAGAACUGGAACAUGUUUGUUGGAAGCCAAGCUACCAAUUAUGGAGAAGACCUCACAAAAAAUCAUGAUGAACUUUGA